AUGCAAGGAUUGCUACUUAUCCUUUACCCUCUGAAGAUUGGGUUAAACCAGGUUGAAAGAUAUAGGAGAAAUACUGAUGAUGCGUUUGCUGUCGUUCGCAAACUGCGUAAAAGGAAAAUAAUCUCGAUCUGUUUGACGGAAUUGUUGAAUCCUGACAGAAAUCUCAAGCGACAUGAUCUACUCGAUUUUAUAGUCAAUCAAAUUGAGAAAUCUGAAGAGGUCUAUUUCCAGCCAUUUACGUACCUGAAAUACUCGCCCAUAGUAUAUCAAUAUACCAUAGUCGAAUUUGGCGCUCAGUCGAAAGCGGCUAAACAUCUGAUGAAUGAAGUAACGUCUGUUAGAAUUGCAAUCACCCUGAUGACUGAAGUUCUAUCUCAACAAGUGCCAUCGGCGAAAGUUCCUUUAAAGGCCUUUAUUCGAAAAACGUCAAAGCGAGCGAGAGUUGCAGGAGGCGAUGGAGUAUACCUCCGCCGACCGGGAACUUGGGCUUAUUUGCGAUAA